AUGCUAUUGGCUGUUCUCCUGACUCUGUGGACGGAGCCAGCCACAUAUGCCCGUGCUUGUGAAGUACAACCAAUACAAUGGAUGGAGUUCUUUGCUGGCAAGGCUGAGGCUACAAAAAUGUUUCGGUCCCAUCAGUUCAGAACUGGGAGACUUGACAUUAACUACAUGCAGCCGAAGCCCAAUGGGAUGAAUCCUAUGGAUCUAUGUUCCGAUGCAGGAAUGGGGCUUGCUAUAUCCAGUGUUUUGCUGGGUGACUACGUCAAUGGAUGGGUGGCCCAUUUUGGGCUGAAAUGUUCCACUUUCAGCACCAUGAAUUGUGGGACAAGUGGCAGGACUCCAUGCACACCAUGCGGUAACUGGGAAUUCCCAAGUGUGCUUGAAGGAAAUUUACUAGCAUCACGGGUAAUAUUGCUCCUAUGCCUCGCGGUUUGCGUCAACGCAACGAUACUGCUGGAGCAGCCAUCCAAUUCAUUGUUGGAAUAUUAUCCCCGUUUUCGUGACUUCCUCCAGAUGCUGAUGAACAUCGGGGGUUCCAACGCUGUCCACCGCAUUGACUGGUGGAUGGCAUUAUAUGGUGGCCCUACACCCAAAAGACACUUUUGCUACAGCAACAGCCCAGGGAUUGCACGGCUAAAUCUUGGCCAGCUUCGAAGUUGGACCCAAAAGAUACGUGCGGUGGAUGCCGCAGGGGGAGAUCGGGUGCGAACAGUUCAGAAAUACCAUGACAAACAGGGGCGCCUUCGUUACAAAGGAGCUGCGGGGCUCAAACCCUCGGAGAACUACCCUCCUGGAUUCGGAGAAAAAUUGGUGAAGAUCUUCCAGGAACUGAUCACCCUGAAGCAGGGCAUGCCAACCUUGCCAGAUCCCGUGCCUGACGCAAAGGAUUUUUUUUCUUCUAUGUCUUACGACGACAACUGGCAAGACGCCGAUGUUGUCAGUGUAGUGCACUGGCUCCGGGGAGGACGUGACUUAGCCAUCCCGGAGGAAUGGAGGAAGCUACUUCCCGAGAAAUUGUAG